AUGUUUAGAAUAGCUAAGAACCUGGUGCGGACUUUUGAGCAGAGCGUCCAGGAUACUCUGGCGCUCUCGCAGGACUCGGGCAAUCCGGAUGCCUUUUUCCAGUCCAUACCACCAAACUUGUUGUCUGCUCAACUGGCGCCUCCGGCAGAUGCCAUGUCCGACGGAGCCAAGCAUGCCAAUGUAAAUGAGACCCUUUCGGGUCUUCGCAUUGUUUGGGUCGACGAGACGCAGCUUCAGCUGCAGUCCUUUUUCGACUAUAUAGUAGGCUUCAACGAUGAUCCGAUGCCCGUGGUCAGUAACCAGCACGGGUUUUCGUAUCCGGAUUACCAAGCCGUCACGUCCUUGCUCAACGAGCACAGCGGCCGGACUUUGAAGGUCAACGUAUGGUCUGCUAAGGGCGGCGUGUUCAGAGACGAGUACAUAAGCGUGGCGUCAAAGGAUAGCGAUCAUUUAGACGAUGUUUCCUUGAAUCACGACGAAAAGAGGCCCUCUGGUGGGGAAGCGCACCAAUUUCGCGCACUCGGGUUCAAAGUUCAAUGGACUCCCCUGAUAGCUUCCACUUUCACCUACCAUAUCCUGAACGUGAACAUCCCCAAUGGACCCGCGCAACUUGCAGGGCUCAUCCCGGAUGAGGACUACAUCAUCGGCUGUCAGGACGGUCUGCUGGCCACGGGGGGAGAGACGCUUUUGCAAGAUAUAAUCAGAUCAAGAGCAAACUACGAUCUGGUCCUUUACGUUUACAACAAAGUGUCGGACUGCGUAAGGCCCGUCACCGUGCACAUAGGCCCCGACGGUAGGCUGGGCUGUAACGUUGGCUACGGGUUCCUUCACAGGAUCCCCACCGUCAAGCAGUGCUCGCAACAAGUACAGCAACAAGAGCAGCAGCAACACAACGAUCCAGUCCCCUUUUCAGCAGAAUCUGAAGCGGCCUUUGUUCCAUCAGCGUUUACGGCCCCGCCGCUACUAACCAAGAAGAAAUCGAAAAACAAGAAAACUACUCAGCCUUUGGCAAUGGAUGAUUAUUUCAAUGAAGGUAGGGACAAGUCCUCUGCUGCUGCAAAACCAGUGGAACCAGGUCUGCCUGCCCCACCACCGCAAAGACGGCCAUCCUCCAGUUGA